GUCUAUAUAGAUCAAUACUAUUACCUAUUCAUUCGGUUCUUAUCAACCCCGCUCCCCAAGGUUACAUGAGCAUUCAAGCGAUCGUCAAGCCCGGCUUGCUUUUCAUCAACUUGAUAGCAAGAUGAUUAGUCCAUUAUCCAAUAUGGUCCAAUAUGGCGACGGCCAAGAAGCAGGCCUUCUUGCAAGCUAUACUGCAAGGAAAGGCCAUACAUAAAUAUAAUGAUAAGCCUGUCGCCAUAUGUAGGAGUAAUCUGGGUAGAAUUUGUAUUCCCCCAUAUGAUGUCUCGCUGAUAUCGAUUUCUGUUCCUGCAGAUAUAAUAUCAAUAAUAAUUAGCUGGCGUGAUGGUGUUUCUUCAUCCCUAUUAUCUGUGGCUCACCACAUUGUCCAAUGCUGUCCUUGCUACCUCGAGGAUUGUGGGAAUACCUACUGUUCCUUUUACUAUUUCUAGCAACGGGGCAUAUCCAAUUGCAUCCCUUAAAGGAGUGUUGGUGGACUCCAAGUUUGCCCAAAGCCGUGAUGAAACCGGAGAGACGUUGAUUCCACCAAGUCUACAAGAUUUCGCCAAGACAUUCGUAGACGACUUACACAGUGUCUUGGGUCUCGAUAUUGGCGUCUCCGUUGGUGAAAAAUCUACAUCAGAUACUAUAUUUCUCACGCUGGGUGAUCCCAGCAAGUAUACCGAUGCCAGCGACUCUCCGACUUCUGAAGGGUAUACACUCUCAGUCAACUCUUCAGGGGUUGUCAUAUCUGGCGCGAGUCCCUUGGGUGUGUGGUGGGGUACGCGAACUAUCUUGCAGCAAGCAGUUCUCUCAAAUGGCUCCUUAUCCUAUGGGGAAACAGAUGAUGCGCCUGGGUGGAAGACUCGAGGUAUGAUACUCGACGCAGCUCGUCAUUAUUAUCCACCAGAGUUUAUAAUGGAAAUGUGCUCUUACAUGAGCUUUUUCAAGCAAAAUACAUUCCAGCUCCAUCUGAGUGAUAAUCUAUAUAACAAUGUCGACCUAUACACUAGAGAGCAUUCUUUGGAACUGUACGCUCGGUUCCGCCUAUGGUCUGAUUCCGAAGCUUUGGCCGGCUUGAGUAAGUAUAAGAAUGAGUCUUAUACGAAAGAACAGUUCGAAGAGAUCCAGUCGACUUGUGCUUCCCGAGGAGUCACUAUCAUCCCGGAGAUCGAAGCCCCAGGACACGCACUAGUCAUAGUGCAAUGGAAGCCGGAAUUAGCACUUGAAAGCGACUUAUCAUUAUUAAAUAUCUCGCAUCCGGACACAAUACCUACUAUGAAAACCAUCUGGAGCACUUUCCUCGACUGGUUCCAUUCCAAGACCGUCCAUAUCGGCGCUGACGAAUACACCGGCGAUCCCAACGAAUAUAAUCGAUUCGUUAAUGAAAUGGCAGAUUACAUCUACCAAGAAUCUGGGAAAUCCAUCCGCAUCUGGGGUACUUUCCCUCCCAAGCCCGAAUACAACAACGUCUACAACAAUAUCUCGGUACAACACUGGGAAUUUUUCGAGGACAACCCGUAUCACGAUUACAUUAUGAACAACUACUCCGUUCUCAACUCUGACGACACCUAUUACAUUGUCCUUAAAUAUUCCGGAAGUUAUCCACAGGUCGUAAACGUCGCCCGGACAUUCAACGGCAACCCAGAAACAGGCGGGAUAUGGCAGCCCUACAUCUUCGACACGAAAAACGCCGCUAAUAACCCAGAGAGGUCCAACCCCCUGGUCCUUGGAGCCGUUGCGCCCUUGUGGAAUGACUACGGCGCGAACGCAUCCGUCUUCUCCGAAGUUUAUUAUGCUUGGAAAGACGGGAUCCCGGCCCUCGCAGACAAGCAGUGGGGAGGGGAUCUCUCCGCGUCGGAAUUCGCUGAGUCGUUUUCAGCUUUACAUCCCGUCGCACCGGGCCAGAACCUAGACCGGGUGAUCCCAUCUGUUGGAUCGACAAUAUUCAACUACACCUCUCGAUCGGUCCAAAGUAGUCGUUGCUCCACACCCCCAUCCGGCACCACCGGCACCACCGUCACCGACCAGUCCGGAAACAAGUACGACGCACGAGCAAACUGUCCCCUCACCGUGGACUCCGCCUUCGCCAUAAACUCCUUCUGCUCCCUGGAAACGCCCCUCUCCUCCAAAGGCCGGGACUACACCUUGUCCCUCCGCCUUCGAAUCGACCAAGCAGGCAAAGACGCCACUCUGAUCUCCGGCCGGGACUCCGCGCUUAUGCUAACCCCGAAUAUAACCCUCUUCGCCUCGGGCAACUACUACCGCUUGAACACCACGGUCCCUCUAAAAGAAUGGGUCGACCUCGACAUCAUAGGGCGGGGCAACCAGACGUUCGCGCGCGUGAGCUCCGACGGCGCAGCGGCGGUUGUAGAAGAAGAGUUCUUAGCCCGGUUGGGCAUCAACGGGGCUUCCCUCGUGUGGACGCCUAUCGCUAUCGAGGCGCCGCUGAAGCGGGUUGGUGGCGAGGCUGCUGGGUGGACGGGGCAGCUGGCGGCAAUGAGCUUGACCUCGAAGGCUUGAGUGGUGGGUGUAGCUAGGUUGGAUUGAUGGAUAUAUAGAUGACUAACCUAGCUGAUAUGGACUGCCAUUUAACCUAACCUAGUUGACUCUUACGUACCUUUAUAUAUACCAACUAGUUCGAGAUAGAUAGGCAAAGCAAAACUUUAUAUUAUCAGAA